UGGUCGAGUCAGCGAGCAAUAAAAACUAAAUCUAUUCGAUCGCGUCGAGUUCUACGAGGUCUAUAGAAACAGAUAUAUAAAUUCAUACAUAUAUAUAAUUGCGGUUGUCAAAUACAUAAAUAAUUUAGAAAAACUACGAAACUAUUUGGUGGCAAGCGUUUGAGGAGGAACUGCAAAAUAUAGUUAGAGAACAGCCAAUAGGAAUUUGCAAUUAAAAGUGAUAUAAUUACCCAGAGGCAUAUUUUCAUAUGUGGAAUAUGAACGCCUCGUUGGGCAGUUAAAAAUAGAUGGCUAGAACACGAGCACAAAGAUAGAUCGAGAAAGUAGCACACGACUGCGGCUGGACAUGAUGGAGCAGCCAGUGGACCCCAGACAGCAACAGCGUCAUCGAAGACGUUUGGGACGUAGCCACCGGGAGCCGACUCCCGUCACCGCAGAUGUCCUUCUCCAGGACGACGCGAGUCCUGACCCCUUUCCGGAUCCCUCGCCCCAAAUGAUUCGCAUGCAAAUAAGACCUCCAGGCACUUUGUCCGCCCACGAGAGCAAGAUACUAAGAAAGCGGGACAAGAGCUUUGCCAGCUCCUCAGCUCGAAGUCAGUCGCAGCCGCGAGAGGCAGAGAAACUCAGUAGUCCGGAUGCCAAUCACCUCAUUAAACACCGUAGUCUCUCCUCCCCGCGCAACAAGGAGGAGUCCAGUGAGAGCGAGCUAACCACUGGAAGCAGCAGCCAGCAACAGAGACGAAUCCCUAAUCUUGGUCAGACUCAGGAUACGCUAACCCGGCUAGAGCAGAACCUGCAGCGGUUCGAGGACGAACGAAGGCGAUUCGAAGCUGAGAAGAGACUCUUUGAACGUGAAAAGCGGGAGCACAAGAUGCGUCACCGUCAGCAGCUGGACCACGAGGAGAGGAAACGCCUCCUGCAGAGCUACCGCAAGCUAAGUGAUCGCAUCCAGCUGCCGCAGGACGAGGAGGAGCGCCGUCGUCUCAUUCAUAGCCUACGGCUUCAGCGGCAUGAGGCACCCAAGACUCGUGGUAGAAAUCGAAGUAGCGGAUACGAAGAAUCCUCAACCCAAUUCAGCUCCUCCGAUGCUGAGGCAGUGGAGGAGAUUCCUACGAGAUCACGAGCCCCUAAUAUUCCCCAAGGCUUUGUAGCUGCUCCUAUUCGCGGUGCUCCACCACCACCGCCAUCGGCACCUCCAAAACCACCGGAAAGGCUAUCUGUUAGCCGUAACAAUUCCCUGUCGCCAGUAAGACCCCAACGACGAUCUAAGACUCCAGAACAGCGGGAGCAGAUCAUUCGGAAGCACGAGUACGUGGAGGUAGGUGAGUCCAGGAGCGAGGUGAUAAAGCCAAAAAUCACAGAGGCGGAACAGCAAUCGGAGCUAAUGCAAAAGUACAUGGAGGCAGCCGAGCGGGCGGCAAAGGCUGAAGCUGCUCUGGCAGAGCAAAUCCUCACGGCAGAGGGAGUGCGUCGCAGUCACAGCUUGAGGAUGGUUGACAAGGAAGAGAAACCUCAAAAGCGGAGUUCCAGUUUGGAGCGGCCCCUUAGGGCUAAGAGAUCGGGCAGCCUGGAAAGAACAGCUCAGGAGCCUCAAGUCCCAGAAAUAGCUGUCGACAAUAAACCUGGCCCAGGUGCUGAAUCAGGAGCUGAAGUAUCCUUGGUACAAGAGCAAUCCACCAUAAAAACUGAACAAAAGCCAGGCUUCUUGCAACGCAUAAAAAAUCUCUUCAGGCGGAAGAAGAAGGUCAAAAGCGAAGAUACCACCGAUCUAAUCACAGAAGUACUGCCAGAGAAGUUGGCCUCCAGGGCUUUUCUGUAUCACCUCAGCCUGGAAGCCCGGCAUGAAUGGAAACGCCUCAAGCUGGAUUAUCCCCAGCAGGUUAAGGAGCUGUGUCAGCUGCGCAACAAGUGCAUUGCCUACCUCAUCUGCUUGACCAUGCUGUUGGGCUUCGGAGGACUCAUGUUCCGGUACACGGAAGGGGCUUCUGAGAAUAUAUACAAAUGCGAGGUGCGCAAGGUCAAGCGGGACUUCAUCGAGAAACUGUGGGAUGUCAGCCACAACAUGAGAGAGGAAGACUGGAAGUCUCUAGCACGCCAGAAGUUGCGCAAUUUCGAAGAUGAAUUAAAUAACCUGGCCGAGUUGGGGUUAAGACGUUAUCCAGGUCAAAAGUCAUGGAACUUUGUCAAUUGCUUUAUCUUCUGUUGGACCGUCAUCACAACCAUAGGAUACGGUCACAUCACUCCAAAGACGGACCUCGGACGAUCGCUGACCAUCGUAUACGCCAUCAUCGGUAUCCCAAUGUUUCUGAUCGUGCUUGCCGAUCUGGGAAAACUCUUCACGCGCUGCGUCAAGUUCCUGUGGGCAUAUGUGAGACGGGUGUAUUACACCCGAUCCUGUCGAAGAAUCCGAAAGCAGCAGCAGUUCCGGGACGCAAUGACCGGCUUUAACACGGUCUACGACAUGGCCAUUCGGCGACCGAGCAUGUUUUUCGGCAAGUCAAGUGUGGACCAAGAGGACGAGUCGGGGGCGGAUGCCGAGGCUGGAAGAACCUCGCUAGGAACCUCGCAUCCGGAGACGCCCACGUCGCCCUAUCCAGAGACUUUUGAGGUGGACGAUGAAUUCAACCUGCCCGUAUCGGUGGCGUCUCUCCUGCUCAUAUCGUACAUCCUUCUGGGAACAUUCGGCUUUAAGCUUGUGGAGACAGAGUGGAGAACCCUGGACGCCUUUUACUACGUGUUCAUCUCGAUGUCGACCAUUGGUUUCGGCGACCUUGUGCCUGGCAAUGCCUUCUACGUGAUGGCCAGCAUGAUCUACCUGAUAUUUGGCUUGGCCCUGACCUCCAUGUUCAUCAAUGUGGUUCAGAUAAAGCUGAGUGAUCACUUUAAAACGGCCAGCGCGAAAGUGGGCGCUACCAUCGGCAUGAACAUGGCCAGUGAGUUUGGGGAUGAGGGUGGCUCGCAGGUGAAGACUCCCUCGGAGAUGGCCUCGGUGCACGGUUCGCGGCUGGACAGAAUCGAGGAGGAUGGACAAGAGGCCUCUCAGCCACCGCUCACCUCCAUCCUACGGCCACCGCGGCCUCUGUCUCCUACGCUCAACGGAGGAGGAUUGGAGGCCAAUGGUGGUAGAGGUGGAGAUGGAGAAGAAGAUGUGAGUCCGCCGCCCCUGCUACCCAGACGUCAGGUUUCUGUGGAUCCCCAGCCGCCGGCGGAGGGGGAGAACAAGAAGAAGAAGAAACACAGGUUCUUCUAAAAAUCUUAGAUGACUCUUUCGGAAAGAAUGUCUCCCCGUGAGCGUCAUAACCUGACAACGUUAACUAGUAAGGAACCUCAUAAAUGACAAGGCAAUUGCAAGCGAAUUUACCAGGACGCUGUUCUGAGAGAAAAUCUAUUUUCAUUUAUUUGUUAUUUAAUUUUACUUAUCAUCAUCGUAGGCUAAGACUAAUGUUAAUGAAAUAAAACAAGCGAGUUGACAACGCAA